AUGGACCCCGGGGGGCCCCGGGGAGCAGCAGCAGCAGCAGUAGCAGCAAAGGCAACAGCAAAAGCAGCAGCAAAACCAGCAGCAGCAGCAGCUAAAAGCCCCUGGGGGCCUUUAGGACCUCUGUCGUCGUUUGGGGCCCCAAAAGGCCUCUCAAGCCGCUUGAACAGCAGCAGCAGCAGCAGCAGCAGCAGCAGCCGCACCACCAGCAGCAGCGGUAGCAGCACGACCGCCUCACCACCAGCAGCAGCACCACUACCAGCAAAACGCCCAUCCCAGCAGCAGCAGCAGCAGCAGCAGCAGCAGGAGCUUGCCUGA